AUGAGUAAAUCGACGUUCAAAUUUUGCAGUAAAUUAGCUGUUCUACUACUGUGUGUACUUGGCUUCAUUGAAUUGGGUCUGGCAUUAUGGACGGUUCUUGAUCCGCGCUAUCGAAGUUUAGCUUAUAAUCUCGCAGAUGUGGGCUACAUGGAUUUAUGGAUAUUAAGAUACUUAUCCCUAUGUUUAUUUGCUUCGUCGAUUAUUACCUUAGUCAUGUGCUUAGUUUUAGUGUGGGGCUUAUGUUCAACACAUGCAUUUCUAUUUAUUGCUUCGACGAUGAUUGUUAUCAUUGCUAUCGGCGAAUUUACGAUUUCGAUUCUAACGUUUGCAAAUAAAUAUCAAUCACGAGUGACAUUGAUUGAACAAUUACCGAAAUUAGUAAUUACUUAUCGACAAGGCACCGAUGAACGUGCGAAACGAGCUUUAGACAUUCUUCAAUACACAUUUAGUUGCUGCGGCGCUGACGGCCGUUUGGGGUAUCAAAAUAAUGUUCCAUCAAGUUGUAACAUGUUUAGCGUUGGCUGUCUCAAUCGUACAUUAUAUUUUCUCGAUUCGUGCAUGGACGCGUUAGCAUACGUGUUGUUAUUUUUUAGUUUAAUCAAGUUUUUCAUUGUAAUUUUCUUCUAUUCAUUUCUGUGUAUGCAUUAUCGAAGUCGACAAAGCCCACCGAUGUAUAAUUCGUCCACUUGGCGUCCAUCGACUAGUUUAGACCCUUCACCGCGAAAACAAGUCCUUCCACCAAGAAAAGUCGACCAUGAUGAUAAUCAUGAUCGAUAUACUGAACAACGACGUUCACAAUCCAAUGAAUAUCAUAAAUCCUCACAUGAAAACAUUACGACGUCGAUUGUACCAUCGACAUUGACUAAUAAAGAUCUAGCCGAGUAUUACGAAAGACAAUUUGUUUCAAGGAAAUUAUCGUCGAUUUCGGAAAGAACAGAAAAAACUGAGACGGAUGAAAGUGAACCGGAUCUAUUACGUUUGAAAUAUAAUCCUUCAAAUCGAAAAGCAACUACAUCGACAGUUCAAGAAAAUUUUCAACUAUCUGUGGUACCGCCUAAGAAAACACCAAUAAUCAAAGCUCGACGAAAACCCACGCGAGAAGAUGAGAAUGAUCAUGAUUCAGGUGUCGAACGUUCGUCUUCGGAGAAAUCUUUCGAUGACCAUUCGAAUCUAAAAUUAUACACCGAAGUGCCAGCUCUUCCGCCAAAAUCUAAACAAGUGAAUAACAACAACUCGUCUUCACUGAGUUUUUCCAAUGUUUUCAUCACAUCUGUUUCUGAGAGUCAAUUAGUAGAAGAUGAACUGAAACGACCGUUAGUUCAUACAUCAUCACAUCGAUCACGCUCAAAAGAUUCCAUUACACCAAAACCAAUCCUGAAAAAACCUUCGCGUCAAACAUCGCCUCUCCGAAUACCUGCGGAUUACUAUAAUCAAAAGAAAUCGUCAUCAAUUUAUUCGAAAACAUCACCUUUAUUGAAAAAUGCACCAAAACCAAACCCGCGAAUGAGUUUAAAACAACAUAACAGUCUAUUAUAA